GAAAUUUGAAGUAUAAAAAUACGCGGAAAAAACAUAAUUUGCAUAACGAGAGGCGUUUCUCGUCCGAACUCGAACUGCGAAUCGGUCACGUGACCGAUGACGCGUUGACGGUUGAUUUGAUACAGAUUCCUGUUUAAAGAGCCUGCUCCUCUCCAGUUACGAUAACGUUUCAAUGACGUACACACAACACUUGCGCCUGCCUGCGCUAAGAGAGCGCUUGAAGUACUAUUCGGAUUUACUCGCUGAAGUAAUGAAAUAAUUGUUGAUCAAUUUAUGGAACACUCAUGCAUGACUAAGGGAGAGGAAUAUUGUUAAUGUACAUACGUUUGUUAUUUUUCGUCGGCAUCAUAACAACAUGAACGCACGUGAGCAUCACGUCUUCCCUAACCUCUCGAUAGCUACGUUACUGAUUUUUUUCUGAUUUGAUUGAUUCCAAAGGGCAAUGAUUCGUCGUAAUUUGUUAGGAUGAUGUGAUAAAAAAAGUCAUAAUAGAUCGAUGCACCUAUGACAGAAUAAAAAAAAGCCGAAAGGAACGUCAACGCGAGAACACUCGCUUCAAAAAUUAUUUUUCUUGCAAGUGUGUUCGUCUUCUUCGCUGUUGCGGCUCAGUGGGCAGAACGUCCAUACGUCAUCACGAGAGGUAAAACUACGAUGUGAUGGGGUAAUUGACGGGAGCAGCAUGUACUGCUUCGGUUGUUACAAAAAAUAUGACGUGAUGUUUCGCAAGUGUGUUUAUGUCGUUGCCAUGUACUGUGAGCAGUGACGAAUCGCUGAUCGCUUCCACUCAACUUUGCCUGCGCGAAGGAGUCGGAUGAGUUGCAAGUUUCUAAACGGAUUUUUUUUUUAAGACACCAUGGAUAUCGUGAUAAAGGUGAACGAGCUGACAACGGGAAGGGACAAAAUAAUAAGGUUGCUGCAAUAUGCAAGCCGAACGUAUUGGUAUUACGCGCAGAAUUCGAAUCGCACAAAAUACUCUGCGGAGAUUCUGAGGAGCUUGGAGUUCACUUUUAGUUCAUUCCGAAAAUUGUUGCGUCUUGGCAGAUGUGUGGACUCCUUAUACUCGGCGACAAAAGUGCUCAAGCAUCCUGAUCUGAUAUUGAGGACAACGUUGGUAUCAGCAAAGUUAGCGAAUGCUCUGUACCUACUGUCGGACCAUUUCAUCUGGAUGGGCAGAGUAGGAAUUUUCAAGGUUAAUCUGGAUAAGUGGAACAAAGCUGCGAACAAAUAUUGGCUAGUAAACAUAAUUAUGAACAUAAUGAGAGACGUAUACGAGAUUAUCAAGAUCAUGCAAUACAAGGGGACCGUACUUCGGCAACAACGGACAGUGUCCUGUCUGAAGGAUCAUAAGGAUGUGGUGAUGGAUACCGUCAAGAAUGCAUGUGACUUGUUCAUUCCGUUGACAGCAUUAGGCAUUACAAGGUGCACUCCGGGCACAGUAGGCCUCCUUGGGGUAAUUUCUUCAUUUAUUGGCCUGUACACGAUUGUUAAUCCGGAUUAUAAGUUAUAUCCAUCUUAGUGUUUAGUCUUAGGACAUUCAGCGUUUUACAUGUACAUAAUAUAUGGAGUAUUAAAAAAAGGUAUAGUUUAUAUGAUAUAUAUGUAUAUAUUAUAUAUUUAUAUAAUAUACAUAUAUGUACUGGGUUGUAUAAUAUUUGUUAUUAAAAACACUUAAAAAAUGGGACGAAUGUAUGUUAUAAUCUGUCUUGGCGAGCUACUUAUAAAAAAAAAGUAUAUCUGUAUAUAUGAAGAGGGCCUAUGCAAUAUCUUUAUAGGUACGACUAUAUAGUUAGUUAUGUAAAAAUUAUGUACAUUGAUUAUACAGGUAUUGGGAGAAAGGACUUGACAAUUUCUUUUUUGAGAAAUAUAUUUAAUUUUUAUUCAAA